GAAACAUAUUAUCCAUUGAUUGUAAUAAAACAAAAACCCCUUUUUGUUGGCUACGUCAAUUCAAGAAUACUCCGUAACCAUUUGCGUAGAUCGCUGCUCGGAAGAAGAAGAUGGUAGCCGAAGCUGAGAUCAAAUGCCCGAAAUCCCUUCCUCUUAUGAAAAUCAACUACCAUCUUCGCGUUACCGAUGAUCGCGAUCUUCAGAUCGAUUUGCCGCACCCUUCUUCCUCACCUGUCUUUUCCCAGGCAGUUAGUUGUUCGGAUAUUGUUGAAGAUGUGCAUAUAAAAUCAGCUGCCAUAGAUUUUGUUCCAAACAUUCGGUCUGGUAGCUAUGCAGACAUUGGAGCUCGGGAUUCUAUGGAUGAUGAACAUGUCUGCAUAGAUGAUCUGUCUGCCCAUCUCCGAUCUAUGUUCAAAUGUUCUAUGCCUAAAGGUUUCUAUGCCGUAUUUGAUGGUCAUGGAGGACCUCAUGCAGCUGCUUUUGUCAAGAGGAAUGUCUUGAGAUUAUUCUUUGAAGAUGCCGAUUGGUUAAAAAUGCAGGACAUUGAUUCUAUUUCCCUGAAAGAUUUGGAGAACUCUCAUCGCAAGGCAUUCCAACUGGCAGAUCUUGCCUUGGCUGACGAACAAAGUGUUAGCAGCUCGUGUGGGACAACUGCAUUGACGGCAUUGGUUCUUGGGAGGCAUUUGCUUGUUGCAAAUGCUGGUGACUGCCGAGCAGUCCUAUGUAGGAAAGGUAUAGCAGUCCCAAUGUCUGAAGAUCACAGACCUUCUAAUUUACUCGAGCUCAAGCGAGUGGAGGGAAUGGGCGGGUUUGUAGACGACGGGUAUGUUAAUGGCUAUAUUUCAGUAACCAGGACCUUAGGGGAUUGGGACCUGAAAUUGCCAAAUGUCUCCUCCUCACCUCUCAUUGCUGAGCCACAAGUGGAGCAUGUUAUAUUAACAAACGACGAUGAGUUCUUGAUUCUUGGCUGUGAUGGGAUUUGGGAUGUUAUGUCGAGCCAAUAUGCUGUAAGUCUCGUUCGACGUGGGUUGAGGAAGCACAACGACCCUCAUCAAAGUUCCCAAGAAUUAGUCCAGGAAGCUUUGCGCCUCAACACAUCAGAUAAUCUUACUGCAAUCGUUAUCUGCUUUUCUUCUUCCAGCUGUGCUCCUCAGCCGCGAAUAUGCAAGUCUUGUAAUCUGACAGAAGAUGCUACAAAUAGAUUGAGGAGCUUGUUAGAAGGUAACUGAUUAUCGCAUCUUCAAGUAUAAUCGAUUCUGGUUUGUUCAUGAUUUUGCAUCAGAAAAAACCAUAUAAAAGAAAAGAGCAGCCAGCAGUUUUGUAGGCAUACAGAGGAAACUGAUUAACACGACUGCGGUCAAUUAGAUUUUGGAAAUAGCCAACCUAACAGGAUUUUUGUUCCCUCCGGCACUAUUUGUAAAGUAAUAAUGAGAAGCUUUUUGAUCCCAUGAAGGCCUUGGAAUUUGGCCUUCCUUUUUGUUUGUUUUAUGUAUCGUCUUUCCUUUGAGGUUUUAGUUGAACAAAGCAUGUAGUACUCAAAAAGGCUGAAGUGGCAUAACACGAAGGUGCCCGUGCAUUUUGUUUCUUUUGUUUUGAGUUAUAAGAUUGCGGGAUUGAAAGGUUGAA